AUGUGUGGAAUCAUCGCUCUUAUUUUGGCGAACCCCUCCGCCGCAGCGGCCGUGGAUCUCCACGAAGCCCUGUACCUCCUCCAACACCGUGGACAAGAUGCUGCAGGUAUCGCAACCUGUGCUUCCGGUGGCCGAAUCUACCAGCUCAAGGCCAAUGGCAUGGCUGCUAAGGUCUUCCAAGAUGGUGCCAAGGUGGCCAACCUCCCUGGUUCAAUGGGUAUUGGACACCUCCGUUACCCGACGGCUGGUAGCAGCGCCAAUGCUGAGGCACAGCCCUUUUAUGUGAACUCGCCUUACGGUAUUUGCCUGGCCCACAAUGGAAACCUCAUCAAUGCUCCUGAAUUGAAGAAGUACCUGGAUCUGGAAGCACACCGUCAUAUCAACACCGAUAGUGACAGUGAAUUGAUGCUGAACAUUUUCGCCGAUGAACUGAGUGAGACAAAGAAAGCCCGUGUUAACAAAGAGGACCUCUUUGCUUCUCUGACCCGCAUGUAUGAACGCUGUGAGGGUGGUUGGGCUUGUACAGCCCUGCUAGCUGGUUUCGGUAUCCUGGGUUUCCGUGACUCAUAUGGUAUCCGCCCUCUGGUCCUCGGAUCCCGUCCUUCUCUUGAUGGCGAGGGUACCGAUUACAUGAUGGCUUCUGAGUCAGUUGCCCUGGACCAAUUAGGUUUCAGCAACCACCGUGACAUCCAGCCCGGCGAGGCUGUUAUUAUUGAAAAGGGUGGGGAGCCGGUCUUCCGCCAAGUGGCCCCUAAGCGGGACUACGCACCUGAUAUUUUCGAAUAUGUUUACUUCGCUCGCCCGGAUUCUGUCAUCGAUGGCAUCAGUGUCUACCGUAGCCGUCAGCGCAUGGGUGACCGCCUCGGUGCUCGUGUCCUUGAGGUCCUUGGCGCCGAUGUUGUCAAAGACAUCGAUGUGGUUAUCCCCAUCCCUGAGACUUCCACCACUUCUGCCAGUCAAGUUGCUCAGUACCUCAACAAGCCUUACUGCCAUGGUUUUGUGAAGAACCGUUAUGUCUUCCGUACUUUCAUCAUGCCUGAGCAGAAGACCCGCCAGAAGGGUGUCCGCCGCAAGCUGAAUGCUAUGAAGGCCGAGUUUAAGGACCGCAACGUUCUGCUUGUGGAUGACAGUAUUGUCCGUGGUACCACUAGUCGUGAGAUCGUCACCAUGGCCCGCGAAGCUGGUGCCAAGAAGGUUUACCUGGCUAGCUGUGCUCCUGAAAUCACUCACCCUCAUAUCUACGGUAUUGAUCUGGCUUCUCCCCAGGAGCUGGUUGCUCACAACCGUGACUCUGAAAGCAUUGCCCGUCACAUCGGCGCCGAGAGCGUUGUCUUCCAGACCCUGGAGGAUCUGAAGGGUGCUUGCGCCGAGGUUGCCAUCGAGAACGGCCAAAAGGAGCCUGUUAACUUUGAGGUCGGUGUUUUCUGUGGUAGCUACGUGACUCCCGUCAGUGAAGGUUACUUCGACCAUCUCGAGGAGGUCCGUGGCGAAGGCCGCAAGAUCAAGGCUCUCGACAAGGCCAAGGAGGCUGUGGCCCAUGGCUUUGCCAGCACCACUGACUACCAGAUUGCCGCCAACGGAGUCGCCAUGGACACCAACGGCAAGAUAAUUCCUGCUGAUGAGGUUGAAUCUCGCCAGCAAAAGCAAACCUCAGAACACUCCAAAGUGGAUGACCGUAUGGACAUCAGCAUCCACAACAUUGGCGACCACCCAUGA